AUGGUGGAAGAGGCGUUAGUUGCCGGAGUGGAGUACCGUAUCGUGUGCGGGAUCAGCUACUGUAUUCUCUCAUUAAUUGGCCUCUUCGCCCACUCGAUCGUCAUUUUCCUCUUUGUGCAGCGUCGCCGGAUUCUGAUGCGGAACGCGUUCUACACACUGGCGUUGCAUAUGACGUUUUGUGAUGUGGUUUCACUGAUUGUACAGCUUGUCGUCGCCGUCCCGUUGACGCUUACGGCAAGAAAUGUAUACGCCGACCUGGGGAUCCCGUUGAUCUACAACAUGACCAACUUCAUCGACACGGUCAUUUUCAACUCGUUGAUGGUGCUGACAUUUUGGAUGGCCGUCAAUCGGUUGACCGUUUUCUGGUCCUAUACCAUAAAUGAUGCCCUUUUCGGCAGGAGGGCCAUUAUUUGCCUGAUCGCGAUCACCUACUUGUAUUGUCUAACCGAUACUACCACCCGUCAAUUCUUCGGAUGCAUCAAGAAUUUCUCCACGGACGGCUUCUACUUUUUUCACAAAUGUAUUCCGGGUGUUGGGCAGACAAUUCUGGAUUUCAACGGCUUCCAAAAUAUCGCGCUGCCGAUCGGAAUGUUCUCGAUUUAUUUUGGGUUAUUCCUCUAUUUACGGGCAUAUCUGCGGAUCGUCCAUGGGAAUUCGGUGGAACAUUCGAAUUUUGGGAAACGGCAUGCGGAAUUUAGCCUACUUAUACAGGGCAGCAUCAUCUGUGCAUUUCUGGAGCUGCAGACGCUGUCAUUUAUGUUGUUCUCGAAGAUUCCGGUAUCCGGGAUGGGCACUUUUUACCUGACCUUUCUGCAGAAUAUCAUUUCGAUUAUGAACAAUUGUGUCAGUCCGGUCAUCUACUUCACCUGUAAUCAGGAUAUGCGUGCGUACGCCCGAGAAUCGUGGCGACAAUUCCGUGGCGAAAACACGGAUUUGGCACUCCCGGUGGCCACCCGGAUGUCGCAACGCCAUUCCCGAGUCAGCAUCAUGAUCAAU